UAAAAAAAAUCAAAAGAAGCAACUUGGAAUUGUUUUAAACCAUUGACUGAUUUACUCUGCCAAAAGUUAAGUAAAAAAUCUAAAUAUUAAAUUCUUCAAAAAAAAAAAAAAAAACAAAAAAAAAACCAACAACAACAAAACUUUAUAAGUAGUUAGCAGCAAAUCAAAUUUACAACAAAACCAAAAUAAUUUUCUAAACUUUUUACAUACAAAAAAUUGUGUGUGUUACAUAACAAUCACAAAAUUCUCAAAACAAAACGCAUUGAAAAACAAUUAAAAUAAAAUAGAAACAAAAAAAUCAAAAGCAGCAACAACAAUAAAGGCCUUAAGAAAAGGAAAAAUAAAAAUAAAAACAAGAACAGCCAACUACUACAAAUCAGUUCCAAAUCAUUUGGCGCAACUUUUUUAGCGACCAACGCAAAUUUUUUCUCAUUUACUUCUACAUCAUCGUUUUCGUCAUUUCGUCACGCCUACAGCAGCAUCACAUAAACAAACGUUCCAUCGCCGGCAAGCGUAGAAAGGAAUGCAGCGUUGUCCCUACAUACAUGAAAUGCGAGAACGUUUACUGAACGAACAGCCACGUGAGUCAGUACCGUUGGAGCAAAUGGAGCGCGCAAAUUUAUUAGACAAUCGACAAUCGGCUGAUUCGCAUCAGCUACACGCCGAUGGCUAUCACACGAGUCCAGCACAUCAGCGAACGCCGCUAGUGCCACGCGAUCUGGGCGAGGAUUUCAAUUUGGAUUUUGACGAAGAUUUUCCGAUCGAUGCGCGUCGGCCUAAAAAUGCCAAGGUUUGCUAUUCAAUAAAGCCAAAUCCAAACCGAAGUUUUCUACCGGCAAGAAUCACCGUGCACGGCACUUAUCAAACUAACAUAAUAACCGGACCAAUUGAGCUAUGGACAUCGUUGUUCAUCGUCACCAGUUUGGUGUACGCCAUCAUUUUGAUUGUUGUUUGCAUUGCCUAUGUGAUUAGCGAUGUGACAACCCACCGUCUGCCAGUGCUCUACUACGAAACGUUCUUUACGUAUUUGUAUGGCGUCAGCAUACUCUUCCUAUUGUAUGUAUUUUGCUUCCUGUUGCAGGAGAGUUCCUGCUGUAAUGGCAACAGUAAACCGAAACCACCACCUAAGGAGAAAAAAUCAAAGAAGAAAGUACCAGAUCCAACCGAUUCGAAGGAUGCGAAGGGUUCCAAGGAUUCUGGCAAGGGCGGCAAACCGAGUCCAUACCAGGAGCGAUAUCCGGUUAAGAAACGUGAUCUGGUACGCCAGUCCUUGUCGUUACAGGAUUCACAAGCUGAGGCUGAGGUCGCCGUAACCACGAAGAAUGUACGAAAACGUAAGACAACCCACAGCGAUCCCACACAUGGCAGCUUCUUCUUGCGUGUGGGCGCCAUUGCUUUUGGCUUGGGCGCCAUGAUCUAUAUUGGACUGGAGUUUGGCUCUUUCUUUGAGAUCCCCUUCGAUUCGCCCUGCCAUCACAUUUUGAUCGGCGUAAAUCCAUUGCUGCAGAUGGUAUUCACCUUUAUGCAGAUGUAUUUCAUUUUCAUGAAUGCCAGACUCAACAUCCACCGCUUCAAGGUGAUCGCCCGCUUUGGCCUCAUGCACGUUGUCGCCACAAAUAUUUGCGUUUGGAUACGUACGCUCGUCAAGGAGUCACUACUCGAAAUCACACUCUAUCAUCAACGUCGUGAACCCGAUCCCGAUGACUCGUCCAUUGCCAAGUCCAUACGUCAGCAUGCAUUGCGUCAUGCUGGUACAGUUCUGCGCACACACGCCGGCCCCAAUGAAGAAUUUGAGGUACUGGACGGCGAGGAUUUGCUUCCCGCCAAUGCCUACAAAACUGACAAUGUGAUCUCGAAAUUGGUGCGCAAAACUGUUGAUGGCAUUUCCAAGUCGCUGGGCAUGGGCGCUGCUGCCGGUACGAAUGCCAAUGCAGCGCUCACCACGCUGCUUACAUCUACCGCUAGACCUGCCACCAUCACCACCACCACCACCACUACCCCACGUCCCUAUUUCACUACACCAUCAUAUCAGUGGCAAAGUACUACUAUGGCACGCAAGUUGAAGAAGUUUAUCACGAGCACUACAGCUGCCACGUCCACCACCACGUUGGGCACCACGCCUACCACAACACCAACAUCGACUACAAUGCUGGCGAGCAGCCCUUUUACCACAACCACUACCACAACAACCACGACCACUGAGUCACCCUUCAGACAUCACUUUGAGCAUUCGGCAUUUACGACUGGUGCCCCAAGCGUUGCCACCGAUUAUCUUAUGUCCACACACGGCGCUGUUGCCGAUUUGCCAUCAUCCACCUCAGAGACUAUGUCUUCGAGCAUUGGUUCGGGCAUUGCCUCGUUCUUUAGUAAUUUAGUCUCGUCAACGCCUAGUACCACCGUCACCACAACCACACCCUCCACUACCACUGAAAAUGCUUUGAAUGUCAUGACUAAUUUGCUUGGACCCGGCAUGAAUAAUUUCCAAACAUACUCGGGCAUCUCACAUCCGGAAUCAACUGGUGUUGUGAGUUUUGAAAAUCUUGAGAGCCUCGAUAACAUCUAUCCCGCCGCAUUAUCCUCCAACAUUGGCACUUUGAACUCAACCGCUUGUGGACGUGUCGAUAUUAUGGGCACUAUUGUCUACGACUCGGCACCCUUCCUGUAUCCCUUCAUUAUCGAGUACUCACUGAUCGGCGCUGUUGUAUUGUAUGUUAUGUGGAAGCAUAUCGGUCGUUAUCCGGGUCGUAUGAACGAUGAGGAUUUGGAGCAUCGUUUGGAAGUGAUGUUGUCACGUCGUGCUGUGGCAAUGGCACAUCAGGCUCGUUCGGGUCGUGUCGAUUGCGUGGGCUCGUCAAAGGGGUUGUUCUUUGGUCUGUUGUUGUUGGUAGGUGCAUUGAUCUGCCUGAUACUCUUCUUCGUCUUGGUGCGUCAUCAGCAGUUCUCGCUGCUAGCAAUUUACCUAGCCGACGCAAGUCACUGCAUACUCAUGGCAUUCGCUGUGCUCGCCAUCAUCAUCGGCUUUAUAAGAGUUAAAAAUCUUAAAUUCCGUUGCGAAGAGCAAUCCAAUCUCAAUGACAUUCUACUACGCAUCUCCGCUUUUGGUCUUUUCACCUAUUCGGUGUUUGGCGUCAUAGCCGGCAGUUUGAAGGCGCUCGAGAGCGAACCGAAUCUUCUAGUCAUGACCACAAGCGCCGUAGCGGUAUUCCAGGUGAUCUUACAAUUGCUCUUCAUAGCCGAUGUUUCGCGUCGUCGCGUUCACUUGCCCGAGCAUGACCGCAGCAAACCGGGCCGUCAGAUUGUCACAUUCCUAUUGAUCUGUAAUGUGGCUAUGUUUGCUAUUUACACAUUUGAAGCUCAAAAAGUAUUCGCCAAUCCUGUUCAACUUGACUUUUACGGCUUUGUGCCAUGGUCAAUAAUUCAACGCGUCACACUGCCACUCUGCAUUUUCCACCGCUUCCACAGCGCCGUAACACUCGCCGAAAUCUGGAAGACAACGUAUAAGGCACGCCUCGAAUAAGGAGACACGACGACGCUCCAGCUGAAAUUGUACUGCAUAAGCAAAUAGAGAAUGGAUUAUGUAGAGUGCCCAAAGAGUAUUUAAAGCGAAUAGCAAAGAAACUGCCAAACUGCAAAAAAGGUACCAAAAAACAAAACAAAAGGAAGAAAAGGAAGCAAGCGGAGAAAAGAAAGAAAUUGGGAAAACAAGUGACGACGAAAAAAUGAAUGUCUAAAGAAACAGAUGAAUUACACAGCAUAAUUUAACACUGAAGCAGCGUAAAAGAAAAUUAAUAAUUUAAAUUUAUUAAAAAGUGACAAAUUCAAUUGUGUGAGAAGGAUAAAAUACAUAGAAGGUAAAAAAUAAUUGCACGAAUAACCCUGAAAAAAAAACAAAACAAAAAAAAAACAAAUCUAUAAGGUAGGGAGGGCUAAGGAUGUUGUGAAGUCAAACAUAUUGAACCACUAAGCUGUUACUCGCAUACAACAUACACAUUAUCACCCACACCGACAUACACACACACACGCCACAUAUUCAAACAACCGAAAAUAGACACUGGCUUAUGCCAUGUUAUGCUAUGCCAUGCUAUACUACAUACAUAAACAAACAUACCUACACUCAGCAAAGUAAUAGUAAGGACAAGUAAAAGUAAAAGCAUCCAAAGCAAAAUGGCAAGCAAACGAUUAAGGCGAAUCAAAUUAUGUAUUGUAGCCGCAUCUGCGCAUCUGAAUUAGAGCAGACAAAAAAGUUGUAUAUUUAAGUCUAAUGUUAAGAUUUUACUUAUUAAUUAUUACAAAUAAAAAAUGGAAAAUGCAAAAAGGAACAUAACAAUUAUUAAUUAUGAACUACUUACAUAGUUAAGCGAGUACAAUUUUUAGAUUUCCACGAGUGUGUAAAACUAAUUUUUAAAAAGUCACCGAAAUAUUUUUAUUUAUUAUUCUUAACCAACCACAAACCGGAUGGAAAACAAUUUGAAAAAGCAAACAAUAAAAAUAAAAAUGAUUUACAUAGAAUUUCGUUAUGAAGUGGGGAGUAAAAAACAACUACAAAAAAUUAAUUAAUAAUUUGAAUGUUUCUCCUCUGUGGUAGGCUGCCAUUAAUUGGGUAGCAGUUGCGAUAACUUUUUUUUUGGUUUUUGCUAAGUCAUAUUUUUAAAAUAAGCUGUAGUGCUUGCUAGCAGCCACGCCCAUAAGAGUGCAAAAACUCAUUUGUAUGGCCGCAAAGCGACAAUUUAUUAGUACUUAAAUAGUAAUGAUUUCAUAUUUGCAAUUUUCAAAUUAAAGUAAGCGAAGGAUGGGGGAAAAAUGAGUUGAUGGCGGCGGAGAUUUACGAACGAUAUGUAAUUUUUUGUGUGUAUAUUUUUUUAUUUUUCUGUUUUUUUAUUUGGUCUUCCUUUAGUUUUAGUUUAUUGAUAUUUAAUUUUGUGUAUCUGUCGAAUAUUUUUGGAGUUUCCUUUAUUU